CCUUCUGUGCUGGAUCGGCUCAAUUGCCUUCUCGAGCCGGGUGGAGAGUUGGUGCUUAACGAGCGUGGCCUGGACCCAGAAACUGGUCUGCUCGUUCGGAUUAAGCCUCAUCCUGACUUUAGAAUCAUACUCACGGUUGAUGAAGACCCUGUCACUGCAUCUUCAGGAGCACUUGUUUGUAACAAGGGUAGCUCUCAAGGUUUUUCUCGUGCCAUGCGAAACCGAGGCAUUGAGAUCGCCCUGAUCCAUGAGGUAUUUUGA